AUGUCAAGUGCUCUCGACCAGCUCAAGGCCACUGGCACGGUCGUUGUUUGUGACUCUGGUGACUUUGCAACCAUCGGAAAGUACAAGCCGCAAGAUGCCACCACCAACCCUUCUCUCAUCCUUGCCGCGUCUAAGAAGCCCGAAUACGCCAAGCUGAUCGACUCUGCUGUCGAAUAUGCUAAGGGAAAGGGUGGUGAUCUUGAUAGCCAAGUUGACGCCGCUCUUGACAGACUCCUAGUUGAGUUUGGCAAGGAAAUUCUAAAGAUCAUUCCCGGCAAGGUCUCGACUGAGGUUGACGCCCGUUUCUCCUUCGACACCAAGGCUUCGGUUGAGAAGGCCCUUCACAUCAUUGAGCUUUACAAGGAGCAAGGUAUCUCCAAGGACCGCAUUCUGAUCAAGAUCGCCUCGACAUGGGAGGGUAUCAAGGCCGCCGAGAUCUUACAGCGUGACCACGGCAUUAACUGCAACCUGACUCUCAUGUUCUCGCUCGUACAGGCAAUUGCCGCCGCUGAGGCUGGUGCUUUCCUGAUCUCCCCCUUCGUCGGCCGUAUCCUUGACUGGUACAAGGCCGCGACUAAGAAGGAUUACGCCAAGGAGGAAGACCCCGGUGUCAAGUCCGUCCAGGCUAUCUUCAACUACUACAAGAAGUUCGGCUACAAGACUAUCGUUAUGGGUGCUUCUUUCCGAAACACUGGCGAGAUUACCGAAUUAGCUGGCUGUGAUUACCUAACCAUCUCCCCCAACCUACUUGAGGAGCUGUUGAACUCGACCGCAGCUGUCCCCAAGAAGCUCGACGCCUCUGGUGCCUCCUCCCUUGACAUCUCCAAGAAGUCAUAUAUCAGCGACGAGUCCCUCUUCCGAUUCGACUUCAACGAGGAGCAAAUGGCUGUUGAAAAGCUACGUGAGGGUAUUAGCAAAUUCGCCGCUGACGCCGUCACCCUAAAGGACAUCAUCAAGAAGAAGAUCUCGGCAUAA